GAUGAAAGGAGAGGGGAAAGGCUGUCGCUGGCUUUCACUUCCUGCUCCUGGCAUUCGGGGAUUUAGAGAAUGAUCCUGGGACCCAGAUCCUAAGGAUUCCAGCAGCUCUUCCGGCAAACACAAGCCCUCUCUUUGCGCCCGAGUCUUGCUCUCUGGCCUGGAGACACUCAUCCGACCACUCUCCUAUGAGCUGCUCAGACUGCGAGGCAGCACCGUGGGCUCUGCUGCCCUCCUCCUGGCAGACAGGCACAAUGACCACAUUAUUUCUCUUCCAGCUUCACGUGACAACAUGGAAGCUGUCGCCAAGUUUGAUUUCACUGCCUCAGGUGAGGACGAACUGAGCUUUUACACCGGAGAUGUUCUGAAGAUUUUAAGUAACCAAGAGGAGUGGUUCAAGGCGGAGCUCGGGAGCCAAGAAGGAUAUGUGCCUAAGAAUUUCAUAGACAUCCAGUUUCCUGAAUGGUUUCACGAAGGCCUCUCGCGACACCAGGCAGAGAACUUACUCAUGGGCAAGGAGGUUGGUUUCUUCAUCAUCCGGGCCAGCCAGAGCUCCCCAGGGGACUUCUCCAUCUCAGUCAGGCACGAGGAUGACGUUCAGCACUUCAAGGUCAUGCGAGACAACAAGGGUAAUUACUUCCUGUGGACUGAGAAGUUCCCAUCCCUAAAUAAGCUGGUGGACUACUACAGGACGACGUCCAUCUCCAAACAGAAGCAGAUAUUCCUAAGGGACAGAACCCGAGAAGAUCAGGGUCGCCGAGGCAACAGCCUGGACCGGAGGUCCCAGGGAGGCCCCCACCUCAGUGGGGCUGUGGGAGAGGAAAUGCGGCCCGCCAUGAACCGGAAGCUCUCGGACCACCCGCCGGCCCUCGCCUCGCAGCCCCAGCAGCCCCAGCAGGCGCCCCUACAGUACGCCCUGGCGCUGCAGCCGCCGCAGCAGCGCUACCUGCAGCAUCCCCACUUUCACCAGGAGCGCCGAGGAGGCAGCCUCGACAUAAACGACGGGCACUGUGGCACCAGCCUGGGCAGCGAAAUGAACGCGGCCCUCAUGCAUCGCAGGCACACAGACCCGGUGCAGCUGCAAGCAGCAGGGCGAGUGCGGUGGGCCCGGGCACUGUACGACUUCGAGGCCCUCGAGGACGACGAGCUGGGAUUCCACAGCGGAGAGGUGGUCGAGGUCCUGGAUAGCUCCAACCCCUCCUGGUGGACCGGCCGACUGCACAACAAACUGGGCCUCUUCCCUGCCAACUACGUGGCACCCAUGACGCGAUGAACCCUUCCGGGGGUGGGGGGCCAGAGGCUUUUCGUCUGAAGCUUCCCACAAGAGAGCGGACAAGGAAAAAAGGCUGGACUGCAUGACUACAUAUACAUACGUAUACCUAUGUAUGCCUAUGUACACACACAAUGUUUUAUAAUAGUAAUUUAUUGGCAACUGGGUUGGCUAAUUAGUUGGUAUGAACAGGAGCUUGGGUGGAGAAUGAUAUUCAUACUUGUCUGUCUAUUCCCCUCCGGGGUGUGCGGAAGGCCGGAGUGGGGGGUACAGGGAAAUGAAAUGGAACUUCCUCCUG